UUAGCCCGGUCCUAACACAACCAUUUCUGGAUCGAACUGGAAGACGAACGUAGUCUGUUGCAGCAUUUGGGGCUGGUCUAGCGUGACCUGAGCCUAACGAGCAAGCCAGACUAACCACAGUCACCCUCACAAACGCCCCCUAUAUAUCUCCUCAGUAGCUCAUCCGAUGCCAUCUCUGGAGGGUAACAAACAGAUCCAUGCCUAAUUUCAUAACACUACGACAGUACGUAUGUAGCUCAUCCGAUGUACGUUUUUGUUCUGGAGCUAGCUAGUGCCAAACACACUACAACAGUACGCAUGUAGUAGUAGACUGAAAUCGUGUGGGUGUGGGUCUCACUCUCACCCUGUUAACUAGUCCCCUUUUUUUUUUGCACAAUAGUUGGAGAAGCAAGUGCAGAUGUUCCCAGCCCAAUGGAGUCCCCAUCAUCAUAUGCAUGGCCAUGGCCCAUGGGAGUCAGCCAACGAUGCGAUGCCAGCCAUGUGCAAUGCAAGUGGAGAGGAGAGGAGAGGAGAGGAGAGGAGAGGAGAAGAGACGGAUGGAGGGCGGCGAAACGAACGAGAGAUGCCGAAGGGUAGGGUAGGUAGGCCCCACCCCACACGCUCCGGCUCUCCGGGUUGUCUCUCUCUUUCUUUCUUGAUCCAGAUCCGGACCGGACCGAUCGGGCACCGAUCCAUCCAUUCCAAUCCAAACCACCCUUCCUCUUCCUCCUCUCUUCCACCACCACCAGCAGCAGGCGGCAGCAGCAGCGACCUCGUCGUCGUCGUCCUCAAUUCGAUCAAAUUCAAAAUCCCCCCCGUGCUUGCUGACUGCUGUAUUGGACUCCUUGCCUGCCGCCCCGCCGUGGUUGCUCUGUACUGAACUCGAUUCCUCACUCCUGCCCCGUGCUGUGCUUGUCGACCAGACGGACCGCAGGAGAUCCAUCCGCUUCUCCUUGUGCUGCUCUGCAUCAUGUCGGAUAUGAAGGACUCCAAUGCGCCUGCUGCACUUGAUGGAAAUCCUCAACCUAUGGACCAAACUGAAGACAAUUCUAUGCCCUCAGCUCAGCAACAGGAAGAAGCAAUCAAGAAGAAGUUUGGAGGACUAAUGCCCAAAAAGCCACCACUCAUCUCAAAGGAUCAUGAGCGGGCCUACUUUGAUUCUGCUGACUGGGCUCUAGGAAAGCAAGGUGUGGCCAAACCCAAAGGACCGCUGGAGGCACUUAGGCCAAAGCUUCAGCCAACACGCCAACAGCAGCAACAACGCGCAAGGCGCUCCAUUUACACUUCGUCAGAAAACGAGGACGGAGAUGGUGCUGGUGCUGAGGAGAUGAGCAUCAACUGAAGUGGAGUGGAAUCUGUAGGACGUGGGUACGGUUGUUGCAGAAUCGCAGCUUGCUUUGGCCAUUGCCAGAAUUGAUUGCUGAGUAAGUCGUCAGUAUAUGUCAAGUGUUGUAUUUUGCUUUGCAAUUGAAGGGCAGAGAGUGAUUCAUGUCUAUACAGUUUCAUGUAUGACUGCUGGGUUAUUGAGUUCAACAUUGGAUAUGCAUGAUGGGAUGGCCUAUUAUGUAGUGUAUAUAUAUAAAUUACUGCAUAGUACGUGUUCGCGUGAACUUAUGAGCACUACUUUUCAGUUUCAGAAUAGUGUUUUUUUUUCUCUCACAAUGUAUUGUUGAACAUCUAUUUGUUAUUAGUGAUUAUUAUGGAUGGUGUUGCGUUGGUUAA